AUGGUUCGCGUCAAAUUCCGCUACUUGGUGGUGAACUUCCUCUACCCCGAACCUGCUUCUAAAGGCAAAGCACACCUUCCAGACUUAGUCCAGACUUACUCACCCACACCCGACUCGUUGCACCAAGGACUACUUGUACGGCUAAUACGAGAUGGGGUGUCAGAACUCUAUGGGGACUACGGCAUGGGCAUGAUAUCUGGUGGACUAAAGGUCAAUUACUGGUCCCCCUCCACAUCGACAGCUAUCAUCCGAUGCCCCCGUGAUCACUAUGAGAUGGUAUGGGCCGCACUUACCUUCGUUACGCGACUACCAAGACCUAUAGACCUACCGGUUGUAGCCAGGGUAGUCAGAGUGAGUGGAACUAUCAAGAAAGCGGAGGAGGAAGUCAUCAAACGGUCGCAGCAGAUCAUCAAGAAGGCGACGAAAGUAAUGGAUGGAGGGGCCAAUCUUCCUAUGCUGCAAGCAGUGCAGAAAUCUGUGGGCAGGGAACGACAGAACGAGAGUGAGAUCCUGACACAAAUCGACGAUAGUGACGAGAGUGGGGACAUGAGUGAGGAUAUGAGUGAGUAG